AACAUGGAACUGUGUUGUGUUAUUUAUUUUAAUUUGUUUGUUUGUUUAUAUUUUCAGGUAAAUACAUGUAGAAGAUGGAACUGUGUUGUGUUAUUUAUUUUAAUUUGUUUGUUUAUGGAACUGUGUUGUGUUAUUUAUUUUAAUUUGUUUGUUUGUUUAUAUUUUCAGGUAAAUACAUGUAGAAGAUGGAACUGUGUUGUGUUAUUUAUUUUAAUUUGUUUGUUUGUUUAUAUUUUCAGGUAA